AUGUCACAGUUAGAUCAAAAUAGUAGUAGUAAUCAAACUAUCAACAAUAAUAAUAAUAAUAAUAAGAAUAAUAAUACUCAUCAUCAGAGUCUUCAACAAAAACAUCCAAAUGAAAUAUUUACACCAUUAUCAUUAUCAAUUGAAUCAUCAAUGAUACAAACACCAAAUCAUUUAAUUGAUGAAGAAGAAGAUGAAGAUGAAGAAGAUGAUUUAGAGUUUAAAUUUGAUUUGGAUUAUACAACCAUUGAUCAUUUGUUUGAUGGUGUUGAAAAUCUGGAACAACUAUUGGAACAAUAUUCUCAACAAGAAAAGAUUCUAACUAAUUGCUUUAAAAAAGGAAUUGAUCUAAAUGAAUAUUCUCAUCAAGUUGAAACUGCUCUCGUAAAAUAUGAUAAAGAAAUGAAACAAUUAUAUCAAGAUAUUAUUCCUGAUUAUGUAAAUGAAAGAGAAUCAUUUGCAUUAAUGUAUCAAACAUUAAAAGAAAGUAGAAAUAUAUUGAGUGGAUUUGAAGAAAUGUUAAUUAAAAAUCAACAAGAACUAUCAAACAUUUCAAAGGAAAUGCGUGUAUUACAAGAUAAAUCAAUAGACAAAAAUGUUAAAUGUUCAAAUCGUAAAAGUUUGGUUGAAAAGUUAAACAAAGUUAUUGAUGAAAUUACUUUACCUGAUGAUAUUGUUCAUUUAUUAAAAGAUGGAGAGGUAAAUGAUCAAUAUUUACAAUAUUUAUCAAUAUUGUCAAAGAAGAUGGGAUAUGUACAAUCACAAAAAAUGGAUAAUGUAGCAGCCAUUUCAAAUGUAGAGGAACAAAUUGGAAAAUUGAUAACGAUUGUAUUUGAUAAACUUUAUAAAUUCUUUACCAAUCAUUUCCAAUCUAUCAAAAAUCUACCAACUCUUCAAAGUAAACAACAAGAAUUUACACUCUAUCGUCAAGCAUUCUUUUUCAUCUUUAAACAUUCUCCAAAAGUUGCACGUCAUCUUUUUGAUCAAUACAAGGAAUUGAUCGAGAAAAUCUAUUCUUCCUAUUAUAAAAAUUAUAUCGUAUUUUUGGAAAAAUUACAAUUAGAUCCAACUUCAAAAAAUGAUUUAAUUGGUACUUCUGAUAAUAAAUCAAAAGGAUUUUUUAGUAAUAAAAUUAAUAAAUUAAAAUUUAAGAGUAGUAUAUUUACAGUAGAAUCAAGAAUAUCAAUAUUGGAUGAAUUGGAUGAACAAGCAUUAAAACCACAAUCCAUUACAAGUUUAAAUUCUGCAUCAUCAAGUCAAAUCAAAUACAACUAUGAAGUUUUAUUUAGAUCUGCUUUAUUUUUCUUUUUGGAUCUUGUUUCCUAUGAAACAAUUAUGGAUACUACUAAUUUCAUUUUUGGUAAAGGUGAAUCUUAUUUAAUGGAAAAUUUAAAUUCAUAUUUAACAAAUACAUAUGAUCCAAUAUCAUUACUAUUAAUAUUAUGUAUAACAAGUAAAUAUCAAAAGAAAACAAAUUUUAAAAGUGAAUGUACAGAGAGGAUAUUUGGAUCGACUAUUUUGGCAACAAGAAAUAGAUUAAAUGCAAAUAUCAAAGAUUUAGGACCUAUUGAAGAGAAUCGUCCUCAUUAUGUUAUUCGUCGUUAUGCAGAAUUGAUUGGUUCCAUCACUACUCUGUAUGAACAUUUACCUUUGGAAGUUCAACCACUCAUUCGUGAACAAUUGGAUAUGUUUAGAGCUUGCAUGUCAAAAUUAAUUUUCAAACUUGGUCAAGAAACAAAAGAUAAACCAAAUCGAAAAAAUGGAAAUAAUGAAAAUUUACAAGAUAAAGAAUUUUAUCAAAUAUUAUAUGAUCAAGAAUCUGAAUUAUUUGCAAUGGAUCAACUUGGACUUUAUCCAUUUUUCAAAAGAAUGAUUACAACGGUCGAUGAACUGUAUCCGUUGAUAUCAAUGUAUACGGCAGAGGAAAUCAAUCAUCCAAAGUUAACCAAAGAGAAUUUGGAGAGUAUUUUAAAGGAAUUUUAUCACAAUUGGAGAAGUGGUAUCGAAGAGAUGAAUGUAAAUGUAACCCAACUAUUCCCCAACUUUAAAAAUGUAAUCUUUUUAGUUUUCUUAAUUUUACUAUUUAUUUAUAAAACUCUAUAUUCAAUACCUCCUCUAUUUCUAUCAUUUAAAAUACAUAGUAUUAGAAUUACAUUAAAUUUAAUUCAAGAUCAAUACUUUGUAUUGACAAUGUUGAGAGCAUUGGAUAAAUUAAAGUUUACAUUUCAAAAUGGAUUGGUAGAUUCUUUACAUCUAACUACAAGAAGAAAACAAUUGACAAGAAUGAAAAGAGAAUUGGAUGUUAUUUCAAGAUUGGAUAGCAAGUUGACCCAAGAUUCAACAAACUAUGUCGGUGUAAAGACACUAAAAAGUUAUUUAGAAGGAUUUGUAGAAGCCUAUCAAUUAAAACUUUAUACAACUCCACUCUAUCUUAUCUAUCCAAGUAUUUAUCCAGUGAAUCAAAUAUUUGGUUGUCAACAAUCGGUUGCAGAAACAUUGAUGAAACAACAAAUCAAUAACCGUAAAGAUAUGGAUCGAUUUUUACAACGUAUUGAAAAUAAUCCUUAUUUUAUAGAAGGUCUUUUGGAAGAUUUAAAAGAUCGUCAAAAAGAUGGUAUCAUUCCUCCUCAUUAUGUCAUUCAUUCUUCAAUUGAUCAAAUUGAAAAAUUAAAAGUAUCAAAUCCAAAAGAAUUUUUUAUCUUUAUAAAAGUUGAAAAAGAUUUAAAACUUUUAAAAGAUAAAAAAGUUAUCAAUCAACUCGAAAUGGAUGGUUAUUUAAAAAGAUUAGAAAAUAGUAUUGUAAAAUAUUUUUAUUUACAAAAUGAUAUUUUAAUUAAAUAUCUUUUGGAAUUGGAAAAGAUUUCAAUCGAUAUUAAAGGAGAUGGAGUAUGGCGUAUACCAAAUGGAGAACAGUUGUAUGAUUAUUUCCUAAGAUAUCAUACAACUACCAAUUAUACAGCCAAGGAAAUACAUGAAAUUGGACAACAACAAGUAGAACGUAUUAGAAAAGAAAUUAUUGAUAUGAUGGUGGAGGAAUAUCCAGAGAUUCUAGAUGAUUUUGGUGGUACACUUAGAUCUAUUCAAUCAGAGGAGCGAUUCCAAAUGGGACAAGGAGAACAAGGUCGUCAAAAGAUUGUUCAAGAGUACAAGGAUAUAAUUGCAGAGGUUUAUCCAAAACUAGGUCAAUGGUUUGAUCAAAUACCCGAGGCAAUGUGUGAUGUAGAACCAGUACCAGCCUACAAGGAAGCAGAUUCUCCACCUGCCUAUUACAUGCCAGCACCACUUGAUCGUAGUAAAGGUGGUGUUUUCUAUACCAAUCUUAGAGACACUUCAGCACACACUCGCAUUAUGAUGAAAGACAUUUGUUAUCAUGAAGUGAUUGGACAUCACAUCCAAAUAACACUAUCCCAAGAACUCAAAGAUAUUGAUAUCUUUCGUCGUGUAAUGAUAUUUACAGCCUAUGCAGAAGGUUAUGGAUUGUAUAUUGAACAAUUGGCAGAUGAAGCUGGUUGGUACAAAGACAAAUAUGAAAGAUUGGGAUUUUUGGUUGCAGAAAUGUGGCGUAGUCUUAGACUUGUUAUAGACACUGGUCUACACUCUUCAGAAUAUCGUUGGACUAGAGAACAAAGUAUUCAACUAUUAAAAGACAAUACAUGUCUUGUUGAAAAGGAUGUAGUAGCAGAAGUCAAUCGUUAUAUUGUUAUGCCAGGUCAAGCUUGUGCCUAUAAAAUUGGUCAAUUAAAAUUAUUACAAUUACGUGAUUAUUGUAAACAACAAUUGGGUCCAAAAUUUAAUAUUAAACAAUUUCAUAACACCAUCCUAAAUAAUGGUGCUCUACCAUUAAAUGUUUUAGAAAUUAUUGUUAACCAAUUUGUUCAAAAAAAUAAAUAA